CUCUUAUUUAUGGCUAUUUGAUCAAUUGAGGUGUUGCUAACGUGUUGCUUUCUAUCAUUGUUUUAUACUAUUUGCAGACUCAACCUAAUUUUCGCUGAUUUGUAUUCGACUGAACUUCGUGAUGUCAGAGAUGAAGUUUUUGAUGAUUUUUCCAGCAAUCAUGGUCACCUUGGCUCUCCUAAACAUGGUCACAACAACAGAAGGUCGAACAGCUGACCCAGGAUCAGCCAUCGUUAAUUCCAUACAGGAUGCUACCAAAAGAAUGAAAAUCAUGAGAGCCGGAUUGAGCAGGGGUCUGGGGGAAUGCCAAAGGCUAUAUAAAGACGAGCUCUGGGACUGCAGUUUUUAUAACAAAAGCGUGACUGGAAAUUUACCUGACUUUGUUCAAAGAACUUUGCCUUAUGCGAACAAAGAGACAGCGUUUCUACAUGCAAUCACAACCGCUGGCAUCCUACAAGAAAUCGUUUCUCAGUGUGCUGCAAAUAAAAUCACCGAAUGUAGCUGUGACAAAAAAGCACAACGAACUUCUAGAUGUGGGAACAACCUGACGUUUGCCGCGGAGGUGACGCUGAACCUCCUAAGAACUCGACCACAAGGGAACAACGAUCGAAGAGAAAUCGACGAAAAGAAUCAAAAUGUGGGAAUAGAGGUUUUCAAGGGGAAUUACAAGAAUUGUCUGAGUAGAGUGCCUAAAAAAUGCGAUAAAUGGCAGGAAGUUGCAAAAGAACUGAAAAACAAAUAUCAAUCUGCCGUCAAGAGCAAUAAUGUGCAGCAGCAGCAGCUCAGUAUGGGAAAGGUUUUCCGCAGAAAUCACAUGCAGCUGCUGGUACUAACUUAUCAGGAUUCGUCGCCUGAUUAUUGCCAACGUAAUGUGACCGCUGGCUCUCCAGGCCUGGAAGGAAGGGUAUGCGGAAAUGAUGGAAAAAAAACACGUCACUGCAGGUCACUGUGUAGGCAAUGUGGCUUGAAACUCAUGAGGGAGAGACGAGGGAGUCCAAUCAACACGGUUACAGUCUGCAGGCAGAGGAAAAGAAGCCACCAAAACCGUAAAGGUCAUAACAAGGGAAACCGUUCACCUUAAGAAAGCAUUUUCUCGUCAUUAUAGAUAAAUAGUAUAGGCCUUAUGUUGCUGAGGCAAUUUCAUUGAGAAAAGCACUUCGAGCUUUAGUCUUCACGUUCAGCUGCUUCUUAGCGUCAGGCUCAUAAAUGCAUCGCUUGCAAGUUUUAGUGACACAGUAAACCCACAUUUUUGUCUUAUUUUAUAUUAUAUUUCCGCAUCUAUACAACCAAACAAUGAACUUGACAGUGCUUAUAAACACGUUCGUCGACUGCUUUCCAAGAGGAAAGUAUACGUAGAUCUAGAGGCGAUAUUUUCCAUAGAUGUGAUUUGUCCGUACGAUUUCAGAUAAUCUUGAGAGCUCACACUUUGUAACAAGCUGCAUUACCUGUUAUUUGGAUUGAUAGUAGCAGUAUUUUAACCUGUCUCUGUUUUAUUACGCUCUGCAGUUUUAUACAGGCAUAGCAGAUAAUGACCGAGCACAUUUGAUGAACAUGUGUUGGCCUUGUUAAAAAACUAUUUCCUCUAGGAAAAAAUGAAUAAUAAAUUGAUAAAAAUGUCUUUGGUAAAA